AUGGAGUUCGUGUGCGAAAACGACAGGAGUCUUACUGUCACUCAAGUGCAACAGGUGUUGGCGUUGCCUGGUAGCCAGGCGCGGCUGCCAUGCGACCUUGGCGGCUUGCUGAGUGCGUCUGGUUUGGAGCCAUCGCUCAUCAGCUGGACCCGCGGCCCGUCGGCCACCGCGGAGCCCCUCUACAGCGUGGUACGCGCCGAGGGCGUCGCACUAGUGCAGGCCGACCACCGGGUGACUCCGGCCUGGAAAGAGCGCUUCCACUUCUCUGUCUCUCGGGGUACACUGUCGCUGGCUGACGUGUCGCCGCGCGACGCUGGGCUCUACGUGUGCCGCGUGCGGUUCCAGCACGCUAUUGAGAGGACAUCGCGCGUGGAGCUCAUCGUAGUGGAGCGCCCUGGAACUCCUGUGCUAAAGUUUGACCCAGAGGCACCUGGAGGGGACCGCCUCAGAGAAGGAAAGCGGUUGCGAGUGCUGUGUGAAGUGGUCGGAGGCAAGCCGCGGCCCAGCCUGCGGUGGAGUCUCUCGCUUUCGGGCGGGUUGCAGCCCACGCCUCUUGAGGCCACGGAAGGCUCGUCAGACGCCCGAGACGGCGUCACGCGUAGCUGGGCGACGUUGGACAAGCUCCAAAGAUGGCACCACGAAGCACGGCUCACUUGCCAGGCUUUCAACUCUGAACUUGUGGCGUCUCCGAGCUCCUCCCUCCGCCUCCAGCUCGAACUGAAGCCGGCACAGGUGCGCAUCAAAGGAUCGCGCAGUCCGGUGUCUGCAGACGUGGAGGCUGUGGUCGAGUGCGAGACGACGGGUUCCCAGCCUCCAGCCAACAUCAGCUGGCGGCUGGAGGAGACGCCCCUGCGGGAAGCCCAGGUGCUGGCAAGGGGCGCCAACGGCACGGCCAGCUUGCUCCGCUGGACGCCGCGGCCACAGGACAACGGCCGUCGGCUCAUCUGCCUCGCUAUGAACGAUCGCUUUCCGGAAGACGUCAUUGACGACGCCUGGCGGCUCGACGUACAUUACAAACCAAUCGUGGAGCUGCGGCUAGGACAGGGCCUGGACUCUUCCGGCGUGCAAGAGGGCCACGACGUCUACUUCGAGUGCUCGGUUCGCUCGAACCCGUCGGUGAGCGAAGUCACCUGGAGCCUCGAUGGCCGGCGGCUGAGUGGCGCCCGCCUCAUCGUGAGCAACCUGUCGCUAGCACUACGGCAGGUGACACGCCAUCAGGCUGGCCUCUACAGCUGCACUGCGCAGAAUUCGGCUGGACAGACCGUCAGCAACUCCGUGCGGCUGCGAGUUAAACACGCCCCCGUGUGUGAGCGCGAGGAGGGUGCGCUGUUCCUAUCGGCCAUGGAACAGGAGGUGGAGCUUCCGUGUGCCAUGGUGGCCGAGCCACCGCAACUCGUCUUCUCCUGGUCCCUGAACGGAUCCCUGGGAAAAAGAGAGCUCACAGGAUUCCAAAGCCACGGCGCACGCUCCAGCUUCAAGUUCCGACCCAAGUCUGAAGUGGACUACGGCACCCUCGAGUGCACGGCCCGCAACAGCGUCGGAUCUGCAAUACGGCCGUGCAUCUUUCAUCUCCUGCGACCUCCAGGUAACUCGUGGCUGUCCCGUAAGUGGUACAACUGCAGCGUCUGGAAUGCCACGUCAUCCGCGGUACAAGUGGUCUGCCAGAGGGGUCCCAUUCCUACUGGUGCUGACCCGGGUGCAUUGGUGGAUGGAGAUGCAGGUGAAGAGGAACCGCAGCUGACUCUGGAGCUGCGCCGCCCUCUGUCGGGCACAGCAGGAGGUGCCAACACAAGCCGUGCAAGCAGCAGUGCCGCCUGGAGCAGAACCCAGUCCGGUCGGCGCUCCCUCUGGCUGCGCGGCCUGGCACCAGACUCGCCGCUCGAGCUGCUGGUGUUUGCCGACAGCCCCAGAGGGCGCAGCCAGCUCGCCGCUCUCAGGGCUCAAACUCUUCCUGAGGCUUCGGCGGCUCCAGGGAGCAGUGGAAGAGCCCAAGAGAGGCGAACAAAGCAGCAGCCCUUGCUACCUGACGCCAACCAGAAGGAGGAACUGCUUCCGGACGAAGAAGACGCCAGUCAGGAGCAAAGGGGCUGCUGUUCGCCGCUCGUGACCCUUGCGUGCGCGCUUUCUGCAGCCUUGGUAGUGCUACUCCCAGCUGCAGUAUUCAUCGGUCUUCGUCUAAGAAAGAAAUACUAUCGCCGGCGAAGGCGACCACCGGAAAUAUACAGCCUUCAAGAAGUCAAGUGACAAACAGCUGUCGAGGCCGAAAUCGUCGAGUCUCCUCCCGACGUCGAGCGUCAUUAAUGCGCACGUGCUGACUGGGCGGCGCCCGAAACCAACUGUCUGUGAUGUAGCAGUGAUGUGAAUGUGGACGUUUUUCAAAAAGAAAACGCCCGUGCAGCGCUAUAGACGUGAGUGACUUCAACAGUGCGGAAAGUGUAUGGAAGCCGUCGGUCAGACGACGGCAGAUAGCCGCUUCACGAGACAGCGCUACUUCAGACGACACGCGUGAACUUUCCUGCAGUAUUGCAGAAACCACGCACUAUUAAUCAUGAUGGACCGUUGGGGUUAUUGCGCGGGUCGAACUGUUGGGGUUGCCUUUUAAAAGAGUAAUAAUCAGAUGCGUGAACAGCCCUCAACCAGAAUGUUUGAACUUGCUUCAGAGCGUUAGCGUAAUACAACAGCGCUCGCGAGCUGUUCAGACGCUGCUCUAAACAGUGUUUGCCUAUUGCGCGUCUUGAUGGAGCCGUAACAGUGCCUGUUUGCGGUUGUGGUCUGGAGUGUGUUUUCUCUCAGCUGGGUCUUCAAUUUGCUUCCACAGUGACACUGCUCAUGUGUAGUAUAAGUAGGGCUGACGCGGCGUAAUCGUAUGCUGGAUCGUCAUGCGGUGGGACCUGUAAAUUGAUUGCCGAGUUUCUUCUGAGCCUCUACUAUGUACAUUGACAUAAAUCUCACUGGCCAGAUGUGAUGGUGGCCUGUUAUAUUUUCGUUGACAUGUUGAAACCUCUCAUGUUGUUAGGCACAUUGUCAUGUCAAAGACGGACAAGCGAACCCGGUUUGCGGGUAAGUGUGCUGUUUUAAUGAGGGCGCAUAUUAUCCUGUCAUUGCUGUAAAUAUUUAUGUCACAGUGAUUUCAUGUAUAUACCAGUCUCUUCAGUGGAAGCCUUACGUAUGUCAGGGCGAACUCCAAUACCGCAUAUUCUAGCACAUUAAGAAUGCAGAAAUGUUUUUGUGAGACAGCCGCUGGGCCGAUUCCAAUAAAGUUUGUUGCAUUUGAUAUAGAAACUGAAAUUGUAAAUUGUCACUUUAAAAUUCAGAAUUUCGAUAUAUGGCAUGAGAUGCUUAAGAAAUAUUGUAAUAAACGGGUAAAGUCAAACGAAAAGAAGCCCUCAUUGUAUGACCUUAUAGCGCUGCAAGAAAAAGACAUCGCAGUUCUUUCGACGGCAAGUUUUGGAGGGGCUAAAGCUGACUUAUUUAAUGUGUCAAUUUACAGCGUAUGCGAAGCUGUUACAACUUUUGCGUUGGUUUUGCAAAACUAUAUUCCGAAAUAAAUGGCUUAUUUGAGAGCACUUUAUCGCAUACUAAGAUUGUCCGUUAGAGCUUGUCGGUGGGGUGAAAUGUAGAGACACUUGGUACAUUUCUGCAAUCACGAAUUUACAGUCGUAAAAUUCAUACUUUCGUUUUUUCGAAGUUUGGAAAUUUUGAAAAGCUUCUGUAAAAAUGAACACCUGAAUAAACAGUUACUGUGGUGCAGUUAUUAGAUUUCUAAUUUCUCUUUCGAAUACGACAAAUAUAAAAAAUUGGAAGCGGUGGUUGCUGAAAUAUUUUUCUGCUUUUUCAUGUAUAAAGACAGGAGCACUGGAGCUGAAGUUUCCUCUUAAUGGGCCCCUCAUCAGGCCAUAUUGCGAAUAUUUGCUAUAUACCGGAAGUUGUAAGGACCCGUCGAGGGAGCGAUCACCGAAUUUCUCUUUUUUUCCGAGUCGGUUUGUUAUUAGAGGAGCUAGAAGAAAUCGAACCGUCCUGUCAACAUGCCGCACGGGGGCCAGCUUCACUGCCAAUGCAGACAUUCUGCCCUUCUGUCUCGACAAGCGCCCGCAAGCGACGUUACUCCCCUGCAUUCUCCCAUGUCCACGUGCCGAGGGACUGCGCCAUGUUCCCGUGACGAGCUCUACCUUUUUUUCUUCUCUUCCUGCAUUGCUUCGCGGCAGAUUUCAAGUCGUGCUAUUGCACCUUCAGCAUCAGAUGACUGACCGAAGUCACGCAACGUAGCCAGUAAUGUUUCAAGCAAUGCGUGUUGCCGAGUGAAUUCAUACGUACGGUCUCCACACUCAGUCGAAGCCCUGCUUCCUCGCGAACAAAGGCGCGCGGCUUUCUGUUCGAAAUUUCGACCGUUUUCACGCCGCGUUACCGCUUCAAAAUUUGCAGACACGAUUCCCACAACGUCAUCCACGUGCCACGCUUCUGCCUUUGGAAUGCCCAAACCUGGUGAGGGGCCCUGUAAAUGACGGGAAAGUGUGCAGACUUAUCAAAGCGUUAAGUGAAUUUUGUACAUAGGUGUCGAUUUGUUUACGCGAUAUACGUAGAUCGAGUUGCUUCAUGAUGGGUAAGUGCGUCGAGACCCUGGCACAGGCUGUCUGAUGAGCCUGCAGUGUUUCUUCUCCGUUGUGGUCGUUGUUGUUGUUGUUGUUGUUGUUGUUGUUAGGCAGUGUAUUGUUCGCUGCCCUUUGAAGAGCUACUCGAAAUUUCUCAUUGCCGGCUGCAUUGCUUUACUAUCUAGUACAAAAAAAUAAUUUGAUCACCGUGGUUUUGACAACUGUUCUUAUUUACUGAGUUGCCAAAAUCUCUUCUUAGAGUCUGAACGAAGAAAUAUGUAAAUAUACACAUCUUUAAAGCAAUUGAAGGAAUGAACAAGAAGUCUUGCAAGGCUUCUCUCGCACUUCCACUGAAAGAGGUUUAUCGCGGCUGGCUUAACGAUGUAGGCACACAGCAACGCGAAGUGUGAUUUUAACGGUUAGGCAUAAGGAAACGAAGUGCUUCAUGAUUUCUGUGAGAAAAUAUGAAAUAAAGUUUCGAC